AGUCUCUGCUCUGGGUCCGUCAUCUGUGAGGCAGAGACGACAAGAUACAGAACCUGGGGGCCUUACGUUCCAAGACUUGGAAGCCGGGGAAGAGGGAUGACUGCUGAGGUUUAGAUCAUGUUGAGCCCUGUCUUUCUUCUGUGGGAUGUGGAGUACUCCCUUUACACCUAUGGAUCCAUCUUCAUUAUUGGAGUAAUAAUUUGGCAAGUGAGAAAAAGAUGCCAAAAACUAACAUUGAGACCUACCAAGAACUGCUGCCAGCAUCACCAAAGAGUCAAACAGAGGUCCGGAGAGGCAACAUUGAGAGCUAAGGGAUCCUCCCAGAAAGAAGCUGAGAGGCUGCAGAAGCUAGUGUCUCUCAUGGAAAGUCAGGAGUGGCUUCCCCAGGAAGGAAGUGUGCGGCGGCUUCUGUGUGCAGAUCCCUCCUGCCGUAUCUGCAACGCUACGGCUCUGGAGAUUCAGCAGUUGCUUGUGGGUAGAAACAACCAGAUCUCUCCCACUUUCUCGAAACCAUUCCAGAGCUCCUCUCCUCUAGGAAUGCUGUCCCCAGCAAGUGUGCCUUUCGGACGGAGUCGGAAGCUGGUUUUCCAGGACUCCAGAGAGCUUUUAUGGACAUCUGGCCCCACACUGUGGCAAUUAACAGAUCAGAAAUAUUUAACUCAGUCAGCUUCGCAGUCAACUGGCGGCGCGAGCGUCCCAGAGCACCGGUCCGAUCACCUCCAGACGGCUCGAGUGCCGCGGGUGUUCCGGGCAGCACGAGCGCACUCUUCUCCAAGCCUCAAGGAAGCUGGCAUUCAUGGGAACUGGAAGGAGAGAACAAAGAAUAAGCCAAAACUUGCCCUGAUGAGCUCAGGUGCUCCAGAAGUUGAUUUGGAAAAUACGAUGACAUUCUUUUCGCACUGGAUUAACCCUGAAGUGAAAGAUCACAGGCACAAGGAAUCCGUUCUCCACCGUAAAUGUGAGACAGGGGCCAAAUCCAGUACAAAGGAGGUGGAGGAGCUUCCAACUCUCACCAAAGCUCAUUUGGAGAAGACGGUAAAUGGUCAUGAGGCCCAGCCUCCCUGUACCGAGAAGGGGCAGAACUUUUUCUGACACCCGCACACUCAGCUCCAGCAACACUCCCUCCAGUCCAGGCAACCCUGGGGCCCACGCCACCCGCAAAGCUGCUACAAAAUCUGACCUCAACUGACUGGUGCCACCCAAGCAAGAAAUAUAUCCCAGGUCUCAACGCUCCCAUCAGCAGAAGGCAUUAGUUUAUACAAGGAGAGCACUCAUUUCAAGCAAAAGGAGUUUGAGGCCCCCCAACCUCUGCGUCCCCCGGGGAAAAGGCUGUAAAUAGCCAUUUUCACUAAUGUGAAAGUGAGGCAUGCAUUCUCCAAAUAUACUCUAUGCCUGUAAGCCAACA